CCAAAUACUUAUUCUUUGUUGGGGGGUUUAGAGAUUUAACCAUUUGAAUCUAAUAACAGUUUGUUGUUAUAUUUGUUUCUUUAUUGGUUGUUGUAUGUAUUGUCUUCUUGGAAAGACUGUUGGGAUUUUGAUUCCUAAAUACUUGUAGGUACAUACACACAAUCUUGAUAUCUCUAUUUUGGUUUUUUUUUGUCUUCUAUAUAUUGUGUUCUUGGUGAAUACCCAAUUACUUGUAUGUAUGUACACGCGACUGAUUUUAUUUUGUUUGGUUUAGGAUUUUAAUCUUUUAAAUGAAGCAAUAUCUUGUCACUCUCUGUUCUUUUGUGCAAAAAUACUGUCUUUUUAGUGAAGACUCUUGUUUGGUUACUGAACCCUUGUUUGCUUCUGCUGCUAAUGCUUUGACGAAUUUGGAGCAUAUUGGGAAAGUUCCUAAGGAGCUUAAACUUAAAGGAAUGGUAAUGAUGUUAUGCUGAAUGUGUUUCGGAUAAUUGUGUUGUUGAAGAGAAUAUUGAUUGAUUUGGGUAGUAAAGUUUGGCAAGUAGUAGCAAAAAUCACAUGGGGUUUGAGUCCCUGAUGCAUAUAGGAAUUGAGAUGGGAUCCAUGAUUGUUCAAUUUUAGACAGUAGUUUUAGGGUCUUCUUUUUUCACUACUGAUAUUCUUGGGUUAUGGUUCCUUUAGCUUAUAUUUCUGUAGAAACAAGUUAUAUAAUUGAAGCUAGCUCUGUGGGGUUACUGAAAAUCGUAUUGAAGAUCAAUUUAAUAUCAUUAUUGUCCUGUUUGAGAGUUCUUUUUUAUUCAAUUUGAGCUUCAAAAUGAUUCUGGUUAUUGACCACUUAUUCCAAACUGCAUAUGGGAUGGAUAAAUGUAUUUGAGUAAUUGCUGAAUGUUUUGCAACUCUCUAAUUGUUGCUUUGAAGUUAUGGUGUUGUUAAGAUUUCUUAUAAUUAGUAGUUCUAAUUAAGCACAUAGUAAGUGCCUGAUGGCUGAGGCAUGAUAUGGAAGUCAGUUGCAAAAAAAAAUAAAAAAUGUCUAAGUCAGUUGCUAAAUUAAUUGGUUAAUAAUUAAUUUAUUAUGAGCAAGUGCGUUAUAUUCAUAUGAUGGUCGAUAAAGCAAAAUCACCCAGUGAUUUGCCAUUACCGGAGGAAUUUUACAUGUUUCGUGCAAUGCUGUGGGAUGAAGGCGAUGAAAAGGCGGUGUUACUGGUAGGAGGGAGUGUGCUAUUGAGAGAGGACGAAUGCCUGUUGAAAUGGAUGAAGCGCAUCAGGCCACACAAGAUGCCCAAGCAGCCACGGGAGAUGAUCAAGAAGCAGCAGAUUGUGAUAUUGGUUCUACUUCAAGGGAUACUCAGGAAUUCACUCAGGCAUCAAGUAUGACAUAUCAACCAACUAAUACUCAGAUUGUGCUAUACAUGACACCACAGACUCCGCAAUAUUCAAGGGAUCCGAGUCUUUCGUCACUUGAGUUGGAUGAUAUAGAAGGUAUUGAAUUGGAUGAUGCAAACGAUGAAGUGGAUGGAAAUGAUUUGGAGGAUGCUAGCGACGCUUGUGAUUUUUCGCAAGUGACUGCAACUAUUCAACAUGGUGAACCAUCAAUAAGGCCGAAGUGUAAAAAUUUUCGUAAACGUUGUGCCACUGGAAGUCACUUUCUUGACCAGCAUGGUAGAAUGAAAAAGCAGCGUGGUAAAAGCAAAAAAACAGAAAGGUAGAACCAAAAAGAAAUGAGCAUUGAUAGGUUUGACUUGUAAGUAAGAUGAAGACACAUGAUCUUGCUGGUCUUGUUUAGUAGGAAUGAUGUUUUGGUCUUAUUUCUCACUGCUGGUGUUGUUUUGAAGCUGAAAAAACAGCUAUGAAGUAUUCUUUUGUUUCAAUACUUUGAAAGCAGCUAAGUUUUUAUGGAUUAUAUGUAUUUCUUUUGGAUAAAUUGUGCAAAGAAGUUUUUCUCUACUAGUUCA